CAUACACAGUGUGAUAAGGCCUGUUCUGGAAGAAAAUGCCAAACAGGACCUACAGUACUCAGGAGGAAAAGGCACUCCCAGGACACAGUGUCUCAUCAGUCAUUGCUGCAUCUUCAAUAAAGAUCAAGCAGUUUGGUGUAUCUUCCUGGGCAUAUGUUAAUGAUUAACCAAGGGUUUGAAAGAACACUAUUACCGCCAUUACCAUUAUUAGCAUGUAUAUGAGCAUUUAAGCAGCAGAGUGAAUUUUGCAUCAGUGUUAGACCUGGUGUUCUUGACUAGAUGUGAUACCUUUCCCAGUAACAGACUCCUUUGCAGUACAAAGAAUAUUUUCGUGCACAGAAUUAAAAAAAAAAAAGCACGCCUUAAUCAAAUAAGGGUGACAAGAUGGCAGAACAUGAAAAACAAGAUUUACCAUCGCUACAGUCACCAAUAAAGGAAGAAAAGCUGGACAGCCCACAGCAAGAGAGACUCAGAGAAAAUUUCGUCAUAUUAAAGAAUAUGCUGAUUAGUCCUGAUGAUAUUGUCUUCGAUCAACUUCGAUCACAUCUUCAAGAGAAGAUUUGUGAUGGAAAUGGAGAGACUUUGUUUGAGGUUGGAGUUGGUGCAGAUGACUCUGUGUGUGGCUUGCAAGAAGAGGAAUACGAUGCAUCUGUGGCUACACUAAAGUCACUGGCUGACACUCUUGAAGCAGACUGUGUUUUACUCAGAGAAAAGAAGUCCAAGACUGGGACUCAAGGGCAGUUUCUUGUCAGAAAAAAGGCUGAUGCUGAAGACUUUAUGGAAGUUAGAGUGGCAGUAGUUGGAAAUGUAGAUGCAGGAAAGUCAACUCUGCUGGGUGUCUUGACGCACGGUGAAUUGGAUAAUGGCCGUGGUACUGCACGCAUGAAGCUGUUUCGACACAAGCAUGAGAUGGAGACUGGAAGAACCUCUUCAGUUGGAAAUGACAUUCUUGGAUUUGAUAGUCAAGGAAAAGUAGUGAACAAACCUGAUCAUGGCCACCUGGACUGGGUCAAGAUCUGUGAGGCAUCUAGCAAGGUGAUUACUUUCAUUGAUUUGGCAGGCCAUGAACGAUACCUCAAAACCACAGUGUUUGGUAUGACUGGCCACCUUCCAGAUUUCACAAUGCUAAUGGUUGGUGCGAAUGCUGGUGUUGUUGGCAUGACAAAGGAACAUUUGGGUCUAGCUUUAGCUCUCAACGUUCCAGUUUUUGUCAUAGUCACUAAGAUCGAUAUGUGUCCACCAAAUGUUCUGCAAGACACACUUAAACUCCUGCAUAAAAUACUGAAAAGUGCUGGUUGCAGAAAAGUACCUCUGUUAGUUAGGAAUGCCGAAGAUGUGGUUGUCUCUGCAACGAACUUUGUUUCGGAAAGUAUUUGCAAUUUCAUUUUUUCCCAGGUUUUUCCCAUCUUUCAAGUGUCUAAUGUGGGCCCGGUGAAAUCUUGGGCCCUUUUUACUUGGGUUUUUUGAAAAAUACUGUCAUCAAAGGGCGCCACGAAUUACGUACCCAGCGCAAAAUUUUAGAUUGACGAUACUUAUCAAGUUCCUGGUGUGGGUGUUGUGGUAUCAGGCACAUGUAUGAAGGGAAUUAUCAGGGUGAAUGAUACACUUUUGCUUGGUCCUAAUGGAUUGGGUGACUUCAUACCCAUGCCUAUUAAAUCUAUACACCGAAAACGCAUGCCUGUACGUGAGGUAAGAGGAGGCCAGACAGCAUCAUUUGCAUUAAAGAAGAUUAAGUUUCAUGAUGUGCGUAAAGGACAAGUGCUGGUUGAUCCAUCAUUAAAUCCUUCAUCUUGUUGGGAAUUUAAGGGAGAAAUACUGGUAUUACAUCACCCUACAACUAUUAGUACAAAAUACCAGGCCAUGGUUCAUGUGGGUUCUGUACGGCAAACAGCAUCCAUUAUUGCUAUGGAUAAGGAGUGCUUGAGAACAGGAGACAAGGCCAUUGUUCACUUCAGAUUUAUCAAACAUCCUGAAUACCUAAAAAAUGGACUUAAAAUGGUUUUUCGUGAAGGUCGUACCAAAGCUGUGGGUCGUGUUUUGGAGGUAAUUCCAAAGAUUGCUUCCCUCCAGCACCAAAAGAAUCACAAAAUUAUGAAGAUGGUCAAGCAGAAUGUUGGAGCAGGUGAAGGAUGUCAGGCUGGCGGGAGCGAUGGAAGCACUACACAGCACCAGGGUCUUGCAGGAGGAAAUCUGGGAGGCACAAAGAAACAACGCAGUAGACGCGGAGGCAAACACAGGUCACGUGGUAGCAACAGUGCUGUAUCUGGGAACUCAGGACUCCAUAGCCCCUCGAAACAAGGAGGCACUAAUUCUCCUGUGUCAACAACUGUCUCCAAUCCCAUUUCUGCAACACCUGUAGCAUCAAGCAUUGUCCAUACGACCGCUUCAGGAACAAGCACUUCCACCGUCCACCCUCGACCAGACAACCUCACCUCACCGCCACUGGUGACAACACAGGUUUCAGUGUGAGCAGCUCUGUAUCUUUACUUCUAUUUCUAUUUUAUUUAAUUGGUUAAUCAUGAUUCCCAGAGCUCAGCUCUGAAUAAGAUCUCAUUCAAGCAGAGUCUUGAGGUGUAAUAUAGAUGCAGUAACUGUCAUUUCAGCAUUUUGAUAACAUACUUGCAAUAAUAAUGUCAUUUGAAUAGUGUGCUUUUGAUUAAGAUUUGUUUUAGCUGAAUUACCUGAUAUCUAAUUAUAAUUACUUUAUGAAAUAUUUUGUGUAGUAAUCCUUCUCCAGUAAUGUGGUUCAAAUAAAUACUUGUCAUAUGUUGAUAGCAGAUUAAAUAGUAAAAACUUUUUAUUAUAUAUAUCAUUUAUGCCAAAACUCAAAGGAUAUGCUAUGCAAGGAUUAUUUUCGUGUUGCUGAGUACAGAUUAUGCUUUAUUAAAUGUUUCUUGAAAGUAUGUAGCAGCACCUACAGUUUUUUAACAAAAGUGGGUAUUAAUGUUUGGAUCUUGCAGCCAGUAACCAUUAGUAGCAUACAUUGUUUUGAUUUUUUUUGAAAUUGGUUUUCUGGGUUCAGUAUGUGAUGAAGUGGAUUUUUGUUACUUUAGUGCAAUUCAGCUAAAUAUGUGGCCUUUUUAUGUUGGAUUUAGAAUAAUCUGUGCAACUGGAAUUUAUUCUGUGCAUGGGUUCACAUUUCAUUCAUGUUAAGAUGGAAUAGAUUAUUCCAGCUGACACUUUUACAGUGAUCAACAAAACUUAGUUUGCAACUUAGUGCACCGAUUCUUUUCAGUGAACAAAUAGUGUAAGUAGACUGCCAUUCUUUAAUGUUGGUAUAUCCCAGUUAUUGUUAGUAAGGCUGGAUAUACAUACCAAGAAAUUGUUAUAAAUAGGUAUUUCAGGGCCUGAUGUGAUUUUUUGCUGCAUUUUGACCACAGUUAGUGACAUCAAACAAAAUAUAUAUAUUAUUAUA